AGUGCACGGACAGCAGAGGACACAAAGGUGAAGCACCCCAGAGGUUUUCCUCCUACGAAAUCAUUACAGCCGGUUCUUUUUAUGUCUGCCGACCACGACGGUGUGUCUAUGCCGGCGAUUGACCAGCGAUAGCGUUAUUUUUCCUUUCGAAAACGCCGACAAGGUGGGAAUUAAUCAAGGGAAACCUCUGACGACAGUCACACAAGUAGGGGAAACAGAGGCACGGGAUUAAAGGAAAACAUAUCCUGGUCAUUGUUCAUCACUGCUGGAUGGAGCUGCCUCUCUGAUCUAAAGGAAACGGUUACUACUUGAAGUUAAGGAAAGCCGUCGCCCUUUUGCAGCCCACCAUAAAGCUUUCAGGCUGUGCCAUCUGCAGUCCACUGUUUUGAACAAUAUGCUGGGAUCAUCAGUGAUUUGAGUGCACAAGAGAUCCAGGCACCCACAGUCAAAGGAGACAUUUUUAAUCAAGUCCAGUUAUUCUCAGUUGCUGGGUCGGUCCCAUCCAGACUGAAUUGAGUUCACUUAUAGCAUGACUGCACUCCAGACUACCUUUUAGUGACUUCAGCUCAAAGCUCAUCCUCAACACAUUUCCAGCCGUUAAGCUCCAGCUACAAAAAGCACCAAAUGUGUCCAUGAGACUCUCUCAUCUCUUCACUCAGUGGGCAUUAUGUUGACCCUAAUCUAAGUCCAUCAGCACCCCAUCCCUAACUUUCCCUCCCAUCUCCCCUCCCUGCACCCUCUCCCAUUUCCAUCAUGACCAGUCUGAAGCGUUCUCAGACAGAGCGCUCGGUUGGGGGCUCAGUGCCGGCAAGUGAUGAGUUCUACACUCGCCGCCUGCGACUGCCCAAUGGAGGGGCGCCACCACCACGUAGCGAGAGCGCCCACAUUUCCUCUUCCUCCACCACCGGCACCAACCCCGGCGUCCCCAAGAUGGGGGUUCGGGCUCGUGUGGCUGACUGGCCCCCAAGGAAAGACGGGGGAGGAGGGGGUGUUUGGCAUAUUACUGUGGAAACAGACUCACCCAGCUCUACCAACACUACCAGCUCUUCAGGAUCAGGAAGUGGAGAUCGAGAAAGACUUGGAGGAGGGGGAGGAGGAGGAGGAGGAAGUGGAGGUGGUGGUGGUGGUAGUGGUAGUAGUGGCAGCGGAACUGGAGGGGUGUCAGCCGUCACAGCCCACAGCAAUCUGUCAGCCAAGCUGGGACACCUGAUAAGCCCUCAGGACUCAUCCAUGCUGCGCAACAUCCACAACACCCUUAAGAGCAAGAUGCAAAGCAAGGGGAAGGACAAUCGUUUCCUGUCACCGGAUGGCUAUCUGGGCUCACCUCGCAAAGGCAUGAGGCGCAUACGCCAGCGCAGCAACAGUGAUAUAACUAUUAGUGAACUGGAUGGGGACAGUAAUGAGGGCUGGUCUUUCUCAGGCUGGACACCCAUGCACCGUGAGUACGGCAGCACUUCAUCCAUAGAUAAACAUGGUGUGUCAGGAGAGAGUUUCUUUGACAUGCUAAAGGGAUACCAGUCCUCUGAGGCCCCUGAUCAGCGAAGCCCAGCCCCAGAGAGGUUAACGGAGCUCCUUACCGUGGCCCCCAUAAAACAGGCUGCCCUUGACCUGCCAGAUGGACCUUUAGGUCCUGCCAGAGGUAGUCCUGCCAGUCGGCUGAAGGAACGAGAGAAGCACUUGAAGAGGAGAUCAAAGUCAGAGACAGGUGGAGAGUCCAUAUUCCGUAAGCUGCGCAGUGUUAAAGUGGAGGGUGACACAUCAAGGGCUGGCUCCGAUGUUGAAGACGGGGGGAAGGGAGAUGAGAGUGGCCCACCUCCCAAACCCUGGGUUUGCCAAAAAGGCUUUGCCCAUUUCGAUGUUCAGUCUCUGCUCUUUGACCUCAAUGAGGCAAUCCAAAGUCGGCAGUCUGGGGCCAAACGCAAGAACACCACAACCGGUGCCUCAGCUGCUGCUGCUGCCUCUGCUUCAGCCACGUCCUCCCUCUCCUCCAAUCAGAGCGGAGUGUAUGGGUCCCCCUGUGGCUCACAGGAGGAGCUGAGCAAGGAGGGGGCUGGAGGACAUAGUACCAACCCAGCCUUGGACCCUGGUGAUGACAAGAGCAAUGAUCUGGUGCUCAGUUGCCCUUGUUUCAGAAAUGAGAUUGGUGGAGAGGGUGAGAGAAACAUCUCUCCUGUUAAGCAGCAGGGCAGCAUAGGUAGUGGUGGGAGCUCAAGCAAUUCUUCUGGCAGUACAGAGGAAGGACCCUUGGAUGCCACCCUCACUACACGUUUUACCAAUGCUGGUGUUGCUGUGUUGGAGGCUCCCAAGGACGGGCCAAGCCAGCAUGCUGACAGGUCCAAACGAUACAUUGUGGAACACGUUGAUCUUGGCGCCUAUUACUACCGAAAGUACUUCUACCUCAGAGAACACUGGAACUAUCUGGGCGUAGAUGAGAACCUGGGCCCAGUGGCAGUGAGUCUGAGGAGGGAGAAGCUGGAAGAACACAAGGAACAUGGCCAGCAGUACAACUACAGGGUCAUCUUCAGAACGAGUGAGCUAAAUACCCUGAGAGGCUCCAUCCUGGAAGAUGCAGUACCUUCCACAGCCAAACACGGCCUAGGUCGAGGCCUGCCUCUCAAAGAGGUGCUGGAGUACCUGGUGCCUGAGCUGAAUGUUCACUGCCUGCGCCUGGCACUCAACACACCUAAGGUCACCGAGCAGCUGAUGAAGCUGGACGAGCAGGGGCUGAGUUUCCAGCGGAAGGUGGGGGUGAUGUACUGCAUGGCAGGCCAGAGCAGCGAGGAGGAGAUGUACAACAACGAAUCAGCCGGUCCCGCACUGGAGGAGUUCCUUCAUCUGCUGGGGGAGAGGGUUAGACUCAAAGGCUUCACCAAGUACCGAGCUCAGCUGGACACCAAGACUGACUCGACGGGUACCCACUCCUUGUACACCACUUACAAGGACUAUGAGAUCAUGUUCCACGUGUCUACCAUGCUGCCCUACACACCCAACAAUAAACAACAGUUACUGCGGAAGCGUCAUAUUGGGAAUGAUAUCGUCACGAUUGUGUUCCAAGAACCCGGGGCGCUUCCCUUCACUCCCAAAAACAUUCGCUCACACUUCCAGCAUGUCUUUGUGAUUGUGCGGGCACACAACCCCUGUUCCGACAACAGCUCCUACAGUGUGGCCGUCACUCGUUCCAAAGACGUGCCCUCUUUCGGCCCCCCAAUCCCUGAGGGUGUGACCUUCCCCAAGUCCUCUGUGUUCCGGGACUUCCUGCUGGCCAAGGUCAUCAAUGCAGAAAAUGCUGCUCACAAGUCGCACAAGUUCCGUGCCAUGGCCACCCGAACACGCCAGGAGUACUUGCGUGACCUGGCUGAGCGCCACACCACCAGCACACCCAUCGACCCCUCUGGAAAGUUUCCUUUCAUCUCACUGGCCCACAAGAAAAAAGAGAAGAGCCGGCCGUAUGGAGGGGCAGAGCUGCGAAGCCUUGGGGCGGUGACCUGGCUGGUCCACGCUGAGGACCACGGGACUGGAGGGGAACUGGAGGCUCUUCUGUCCAUUUCCAAUGACUUUCUCAUCCUGUUGGACCAAGAGGCCAAGGCUGUGGUGUUCAACUGUGCCACGAAGGACGUGAUUGGCUGGACGCUGAGCAGCCCUGCGUCUUUGCGGAUUUUCUAUGAGCGAGGAGAAAGCGUGUCUCUGAGGAGUAUCAGUAACAACACCGAGGAUUUCAAAGAGGUGGUCAAACGUCUAGAGUUCCUGACUAAGGGCUGUGAGACAUCAGAGAUGACGCUUCGUCGAAAUGGCCUGGGGCAGCUUGGCUUCCACGUGAACUAUGAAGGCAUCGUGGCAGAGGUGGAGCCUUACGGCUACGCCUGGCAGGCAGGAUUGCGGCAGGGGAGCCGACUGGUAGAAAUCUGCAAAGUUGCUGUGGCGACACUGACCCAUGAGCAGAUGAUUGACCUCCUUCGGACUUCAGUGACAGUGCGUGUUGUUAUUAUCCCACCACAUGAUGACGCCUCUCCACGCAGAGGCUGUUCGGAGCUCUAUCGGAUGCCCGUGUCAGAAUACAAGAGCAGCAGCAGCGAUAGCGGCUCAUUCGAAUACAAGUUCCCCUUCCGUAGCAACAACAACAAAUGGCAGAGGACGUCCAGCAGCCCUCAGCAGUCACUGACCGCCUCGCCUCAGCCCCACACGCCCAACCGCGCCAUCAGCCUGGGCAGCUCUGUGGGGAAGACCCUGUCAGCUGAGAGACUGGAGAGGGGUGCAGUCAUCCCACGCAGCGUCAGCAGUGAUGGUCGACCCCUGGACACCAAAAGGAUGUCUCCGGGCAGUGAAAGCUACAGCCUGGCCUCGUCCCUGGCACUGGGUCGUUCCCCUCACAAUCGAAGCUCUCCAAGCAACUUGUCUUGUUCCAGUGAAGCCUCUGGAAGCUCUGCUCACUGGAGACAGAAGUCCAUGCCUGAGCAGUUUGUGGGCAACCGCCAUUCUCCAAUGUCUGCAGAGAGACGUGAGGUGGUCGGAGAGGGCGGGUCCAGUGGAAAAUCCACUCCCAAUUGGUCAAGAAUGGAGGAUGGAGGAGGAGCAGAACGAGGGUCUACAGAGGCCCCAGUCUCCAAGUCUGGUCAAGGCUACUCUGGAGCUCCCCGUAUCCAGAGGCAAGAGCAGGUCAUCCACCUGUCCCCGAAGAAGGGCAGCCAGUCGGACGGCCCUUACUCUGGUCACUCCAGCAGUAACACGCUGUCCAGCACAGCUUCCAGCGGGGGCCACAGCGACAGUGAUAAAUGGUAUGAACUGGGAGCAGGUGGAGGCUCCAGCGGUGACCAGGGUGACACAGAGCCCAAUGGCCUGGGAGGAGGAGGUUAUCUCCAGGGGGCGUCAGCUGACAGUGGCAUUGACACCAGCUCUUACGGAGCCCCGCACCACGCCCACCCACACUCUCAUCAUGGCAGCACCACCUCCCUGCUGGCCCCCAGUGGAAGCAGAGAGAGCAGGGAGCGGUCAGCGUCUCCGUGGCACAGCCCCACCGAGGGAGGACGCAGGAUGCUGGAGAGGUCGCCUGCUGCCGCUGAGUCCCCAGGCCCUCCAGGGGAAAGGAGCCUGGAUGGGACAGGCCGAAGCCCACCUACUCAUCUCCUGGUUAGAGAUAGCAGCACCUACAGUCUGAGUGAUGCUGGAUCACACUCAAGCGCCAGGCACUCCGGCCACAGUUCCCCCAGAGAGGAGUCAUCAUCUUCGGCCACCUCUCCUUCAUCCCAGUCCUCAGUGUCCCCUGGGCCCAAGAGCUUCUACCCCCGCCAGGGAGCUCAGUCCAAGUAUCUGAUUGGCUGGAGGAAGCCAGGCUCCACCAUCAAUUCUGUCGACUUUGGAGACACACGCAAGAAGUCUCCAGGGGAAGGUGGAGUAGAGGUUGUUCCAACCCCUGCAGCCAGGCCCUCUCUUCGGGAUAUGCACUCGCCCCAGCCUCAUGCCAAAUCUACUAUGGAGGAAGAUGUGAAGAGGCACAGUGCCCCGGACAGCCCCCCACCACCGCGCAGACAUAAGGAAAAGCAUGGCCAGAAAUCACCACCAGGCCAGCCUCUCAGCCGCCGUCGCUCACUCCACCGUACCCUGUCAGAUGAGAGCAUCUAUCGUGGACAGCGCCUUCCCUCCCUGAGCGACUCAGUGGCUGAACCGGCGCUCGGCGCCGAUGUUCUCUUCAGCUGCUCCACCCUCCCACGAUCACCCACCACCCGCGGUGUGCCGCUUCGACGGCCUUCCUAUAAGCUAGGUGUCAAACUCCAUGGUGACCUUUCGGCAUCUGACACAUCACUGGUGGAUUUGGUGGAGCGUCACCGUGGACCUCUCCCUCAGGAGCUGAUGCCCCUCCCUUCUUCAGACAGGGACAGCCCUCUAGAGUGGACACAUUUGGUGGAUGUGGCCAGUACUUUUGAGAGUGAGAGGAACACGCACUACGUUCAGAGAAGUUAUGUGUUUGGGGAUUCAAACCACCGAAGCAGCGGGGCCUCCAGUCCACAGCAGCCUCACAUAGAGCUGCAGCCUGCUCCACUGUCUCGGCCCUCAUCUAGUGAGGGUCACAUAGGGCUGGAGAGGAAGGUGACCAAACUGGAGGCCAUGGUGAAGAUGCUCCAGGAGGAUCUGAAGAAGGAGCGUGAGGAAAAGGUGCGGCUUCAGGCUCAGAUCAAAAGGCUGUGGGAGGACAACCAGAGACUGCAGGAGGAGUCCCAGACCUCUGCUGCCAAGCUCAAGAAGUUCACAGAGUGGGUCUUCAACACCAUCGACAUGAACUGACACACUCCUGCACAUUUUAACUCACACACACGCGCACACACACACAGCUUAAUACAUCAGCACACACAGUCUGGACAGGGACGUGGAAGGGGGUCGACACUGACGAUAAAUUGUGUACAAGAAGAGCGGAAGCUUGUUGCUAGACCCAUUUAGCUAAUGCUGAAUCCUCCCACUAUCUUCCAUUGGCGUCAAACAUCAGGGGGUAUUACUGCCAACCAGUCUCCGUCUCCACUGACCCUCUGUUCAACUUCUCAGGAUGAGACUCGAGAAAAUGGGUGUUUAUCAGAUUAUGAAGGACUGACCUCUGCUCUCCUAUGGGAGCAUUGUUGAAUUGACCUUUCUCUCAUCUUGCUGUGCCAAAAUCGUUUUCGCAAAAAUUGCCAACAAAGAGAAAGCUUUCCUCCUCCCCCCUCUUUCUGAAGAAGUCGACUUUGCCUCUUGCAGUUAUUCCAUAGGGGAACGUAAAUAAUCUCCUCAUCCCCCUGCCAUGUUUUCCCAUUGGACAUGCUCCUCUUACAAUAGAUAUGUGGAUUUAUUUUUUUUUUGUUUCCUCAUAUUUCUUUUUUUCCUGCUUCCUUUUUCAAGUGCUGCCCAGCUUCUCUGAAAAGUGACUUCAGUGUUUUGUGCCAAAUCAAACCCACCAUAGCAAAGGGUAGCAGAGACAUCCAGGUGACUGAGAAGCCUGUAAGAGGAGGUCUCUGAAACGCCACGCAAAGUCGGACAGGUACGCGACAAAUCUGCCAGCCCCGCCACUGAGUGUUUGCUGUAACACAAACCAACACACAUGUAAUAAAUCUAAAGCCACAAGACCACAGGACACAGGAGAGGAUUUCAUUUCCUUCACAUGUAAAUGGAGAGUAAAGAAGUUUAGCGCCUCUCCUCAAAGCUUAAACAUUUGAACGGUCAUUGUGGCUGUUUGUCCGUCAGCCACCAACAUGGUGGCAGGUCGAUCUGCCUCUGCACCGGAGGAAAAUCUGGAUUUGUACAGUUAACAGUAUUUUUUUUUUUUUCCCCCAUUUCUUCUCAUCUGUGUCACUCAGAUCUGGAUUACAACAUUCUGUCUGUCUCAAUAGCACAAACCCUCACCUGACAGAGGAGUAUAUUUAAAAGCCAUUGGCAAGUGGUGCCAUAAAACAAGACUGAUAUCCAGAGUGCUUUGGUCCAUCCCAAUUGUAUGUCUUAAAAGCAAUAGGAAGAAGUCAGGACUCCUGUCUUUCUCUCACAAAAAAAACGGAGCGUUUUCUCUUGGAGGAGGUUUGAUGUGGUGAACAGAUGUUUUAAUGGUUAAACUUGUAAGACAUCAGUCUCUGCUGCACAAGAACCUCCGUCAUUUUCCACUGAACAUCGUGCUUUGGGAAAAAGUAAAGAGAGGACUCCGCUCAUCCUCCCACUGUCUGGAAUACAGAGAGCCAGCUCAUAAUAAAAGGACAGAGACAUUUUUGGGAGGGAAAAGUUAAGGAUUUUUUUUUUUCCCAGGUUAAUUUAUUUCCUUGUAUUAUAAUUCCAAUAAAUAAGUUGUUCUAUUCGUACAGUACAACUGACAUCAGUGUUGAGUUCCUCAAGAAAAAGGUCACUAGCUAUAUUAUUUAAAUGGCUUUCUUUCUUAAUUCUGGCUAAAGCCUGACUAUAUGCUUUUUAUUCUGUAUUAUGUUGUAUUUUGUGGUGCCCAAGCCUGCUGUCGUGUUGCUUACAGUGCCCUCUAGUGAUGACCAGUGGAAAUGUCAUGAUUAUUAAAUGUGCCGCCAGUCACUCUGUAUUUUUUCCAACGCCUCUUCAGCAAUCAGUCAGACAUCUACCGGGAGGCCACACAGACACACGGGACAGGGAGAAUAAUCAGAAGCCAGCUCUGAGAGACAAUCAAAGGUUGAUUUUUGACAAAGGGAGCAGACCUUAGGUGUACUUGUAUGUAUGUGAGUGUGUGUGUGAGUGUGUGUGUUGUCUGUGCUUAGAUUCAAAUGUCUCCUCAGGUUCAAUCUUUGCUGGGAGUGUGAGGAUCUUUUGAGAAAGUAAUUCAACAAAAAUUACUUAUAUGGCCAUAAUAGAAUACCUGUGAUAAGAGGGAGCUGCAGUGCCUGCUGUACUCGUGGCAACGUGUGUGUGUGUGUGUGUCGUCGGUGUGUGAAUGUACAUCAGUCUAUCCAGCUGUGCCUACAGUCACUUAUUUUGGUCAUUUACUCCCAGGCAGAGCAGGGAUGUGCCUUUGAAACAGCACCUGGGGAAACAGAUAAAAGGGAAUGGCUCUUCUUCCUCAUCCUGAAAAACACCUGGCAACACACACACACACACUUCACACACACACAUACAGACACACAAAAUCACUUUAAAUACUUAUUGUUUUUAAUCAGCGUCCUACUCACAGUUGUAGACUUGGCCUCGUGAAUGUUUGUCCGGGCGAAUCUGCUGCGAGGCUUCAGCCUUUCUCUUGUUCAGAUGAGCAUUUUUCACUGAACACAAACAGACCAAGCAGCCUCCCGAUACAGGGACGAGAGUGUGUGAAGUGUACAAAAAGUGUGCACGUGUGCGUGUGUGUGUGUGUGUGUGUGUGUGUGUGCCUUUGCAUUGAGUUACUUGCAGUUUAUCAUUCAGACCAGCUGGCCCCUGUAAUAAGAGUAUAAAGGAAGAACAUUUUUCCCCAGAUCACAAAGCCACUCAGAACACAAGCAGGAGCCACAAAGCUAUUUCCUCAGCCAGGUGUCAGGCACGACUACAAGAGUGUGGGGUUUAUUUCAGGUCGCUAACAUUAGCAUGCACAUUGAAACUGUUGUUCACAGUAGUGGUGUAAGCCUUAAUUCCCUGUCUUCUACCAUCAAAGCCCUUUUGAUGAAAAAUAUUCCCAGUUUUUGAAUCUCCUUAAGUAAAUUUGCAUCUUGAAUCGAUGCAAUUAAAACCCUGCAGUAUAUAGCACAAAACGGCACCCGGUCUGAAUGUAAAGAGAGUAUAAAACAAGCCUAAAGAAAUGUGAUGUUUACUAUAACUGAUAUUCAGCUCUGCAGCUUUUGCAGGGAGAUGAGUGGACUCUUAACAAAAGGAUGUAGAAGUGUUGGUUCUGUUUUAAGAAUCUCUUGUUAGUCAUGGACGGUAACUGCACUAGUGGACAGUCAAUAGCUUGAUUCUUAUUUACUUGGUGAGAUGAUUUGGUUGUUUUAACAGUUUCACAAGUCGGCCAGUCGUGAAAAACAGUUUGGUAGUAAUCCAAUAAUGUGAAAUCCUUAAAAUAUUCACAAAACACGAGACACGUAGGCAGAAAUGAUCCAGAUCCAUCAAGUUUUGCCUGUAAAUUGUUUCCCCAUAAACACUGGUUUCCUGUCCAGAACUAUGUCGAUGCUUAAACGAUGACUAUUAGGUAAUGUUUCGUAUUUUAUUGUACAUGGAAAAGUGCUCUAGUUUUUUGUAUUUCAAAUGAAGUAUGGCCAAAUGACAAACUGUGCAGUGCAGAUGUUUUACUUGCAUCUUUAAAAGUGUGCAUCAAGUUGGAUGUUAGAUACAGUUGUCAACCAUAUACAAAGACAUAAACCCACACACCAGUCCACUUCCUUUGUUGUGAAUGAGUUAUUUUAAAAAAGCAAAUAGUUUUUUUUUUCCCUUUCUCAACUUUGUUUUUUGUUGCUUUUAAGAAGGAUAUGGGAAAUGUGAAUGUGCAGAUGUUCAAAUGUUCCAUUUUGUAAUAUCUUAUUUUUGAGAUCCUUUGCACAAUGUUUUAUAUAAAGGAUUGUGUUUACAGGUUUUGGAUAUGAGAAGGGUGAAUCAAUCCAUUCCUGUUCAAUCUCGUCUAGAUGUUGCUCCAUAGUUUUCUUGCCAGUGUAGUUCCUGACAAACAGAGGGAAGGUGCUUGAUUUUAUCCACUUCAGAUAAAAAAAAAAAAAAAAAAAAAAAAAUUUAACCCUCCUUUUCUUUAGGCAUCACUGAUCAGACAAGAGCAGGCUGGAUGUUGUUUGUACUGUGGGGAUGCUGGUUUUCAGUCAAGCACAACUUGCGAGGUCAGUGAUUGCAUCAGGGGAAGGAAGGGGAAGGUUACACAGAGCUCAGAGUCACGGCUCACACUGCGGUGCCGUGAUCCGUUUUGUUUCCUCCUGUUUGAAGAACAAACUAAAGAGUGAUGUGAUCAGCUCUGACUGGAGAUAAAGCACAACGCGGUUUCAAGAGGACCAUAUGUUUUGCAGAAGGAAAAAUACUGUUUACAUCCCGGAUCCAUUGUCUUUGUAAAAUGUAAAAGGUAUGAAAAAAGACAUUUGCAGUGAUCACAGUAAGUUUCUGAAAUAAAUAAAUGCUGUAUCGAUUUGUGGUGCUGGUGACUGGUUUGUUUCUGCACUGGAAUUAAUCUUUAUUUUACUUUUUU